ACCAAAGUCUUGGUUCUCCUUCGGGACUCGAGCGGACAGAGCCAGCUCAUUGAAACUGCGCGUGGAAGGAGCGACUUGUUUUGGAGUUUGUUUUGAAUUUCAGACUUCUGACUCUGUUCUCCAGUAGUGAAACUAAUGCCGUCGGAGUAGUUUAGGAAAGUGACAGCUGCUCUGUACAGUAGGGUUAUUUUACGUCCUGGAAGGACCUCUCGUAGCCUCCCCGUACACCGCGUGUCCGUGGAGACUCACGUAGGCAUAGCGGAGCGUUGCAGGAGGUCUUCUUGAUGCACAAGUGAGAAAGGAUUGAGUGAUUUUUUUUUUCUGGAUCUCAGUAGCAUUCAGCAUAUAAUUUCAGCAGGAGCGCCCCCCCCCAAAGAGUGAAGUUCGAUCAGCUACAUCUUCCUCCGUGUUGCCAUCAUCAUCAUCAUCACCACUGUGCUCGGACUAUGUUGAUGAAGGAGUACCGCAUCUGCAUGCCUCUCACAGUGGAGGAGUACCAGAUUGGCCAGCUGUAUAUGAUCAGCAAACACAGCCAUGAGCAGAGUGAACGUGGAGAAGGUGUAGAGGUGGUGCAGAAUGAGCCUUAUGAAGACCCGGAGCAUGGAUCGGGCCAGUUCACAGAGAAACGAAUCUACCUUAACAACAAGCUGCCCAGCUGGGCCAGAGCAGUGGUCCCCAAGAUUUUCUAUGUCACAGAGAAGGCUUGGAACUAUUACCCGUACACUAUCACAGAGUACACGUGCUCCUUCCUGCCCAAGUUUUCCAUCCACAUUGAGACCAAAUAUGAAGACAACAAAGGGAACAAUGAUAAUAUCUUUGGCAGUGAGCCCCGAGACGAGGAGAUGGAGGUGUGUUUUGUGGACAUCGCCUACGAUGAGAUCCCCGAGCGCCACUACAAAGAGUCGGAGGACCUUCGGUAUUUUAAGUCAAAGAAGACGAGCCGGGGGCUUCUGCAGGAAGGAUGGAUCAACACUCAAGACCCCGUCAUGUGCUCCUACAAACUGGUCACCGUCAAAUUUGAAGUCUGGGGCCUGCAAACUCGUGUGGAACAGUUUGUACACAAGGUGAUCCGAGACGUGCUGCUUUUAGGACACAGGCAGGCCUUUGCCUGGGUGGAUGAGUGGAUUGACAUGACCAUGGAUGAAGUCAGAGAGUAUGAGCGUGCCACACAAGAAGCCACCAACCUAAAGAUUGGCACUUUCCCCCCUACCAUUUCCAUCUCAGAGACCCCCCUGCCAUCGAGCACCCGCAGCGGACCCAACAGCGCCCCGUCCACUCCCCUCUCCACUGAAGCGCCUGAUUUCCUGUCAGUGCCCAAAGAGCGGCCCAGGAAGAAGUCAGCUCCAGAGACCUUGACCCUGCCGGAUCCGGGCCGCAGGGAUUCACUCUUCAAGCUUCCAAGCUUUUUCUCCUGGAACUCCAGUCCGCAGCCAGAAUGAGAGCGGGCCUGUGCCAUUGUUAAACACCCCUGACCUGCAUAUUAGAGGGUGCCUGCCCAGCACAUCCUACAAUGCCCCCUCAGCCAGCUGAAGAAGUGACUGUCCUGGUGAUCCCAGCCCCUCAGCCGACUCGCCGGUGUUACAGCAAAGCCAACAGCACUCAGACUGCCUUUACAGGUACAGCUGGGCAUCCACAGCAAGCCCUGCGAGGAGUAAAGGUGUAGUAAAUCCCAGCGAGAGUCCAACAAAAGCAGCUGCAGGCUCCUCAUCUUUCUCUUCUCCUUUGAAAACAGCCAGCCUGCACCUUUCAUUAAUCAGUAUGGAUUCCAAUUAGCCCGACUGAGUGUAGCAUACAUUCCUGAAGAUGUUUUAUCCCACAGUGUCACCUUGUUUUCAUCCAAGCUCAGGGUGUGUUGAAAAGAUAUGUAGAGACUCAGUGCACAUAAACUUAACAUUUGCAGACUCUGAUUUUUUUUGUUUGUUUUUUCUGCUUUACCUUUAAACAUCUCCGGCUUUGUUAAUUGACUUAACUGAUUUAUGUAGUUGGGAUUCUUGUUGGCCACUGUAACCGUUGAGUAUUAUGGUUUUCACAGUCAGACGUAUGGUGAUUGUGUAUUCUUGUAUAUACUGUAUGAACAAUAUAAAUGUGAUUGAUUCAAAAAAGAUCAUAUCAAGUGAUGAAGCUGUUCUUACAUUUCUGUUAUGUAUCUCAGCAGCUAUGACGUCUUCAUGUAACAGCAUGAUUCUUGACUACCGCGGCUGCUUCUAAAUAUUUGUGAACUGAAUGUUUUCUUUACCUGAGCCUUGUAUGUGAUGUUGUGUUUUAUAGGAGUUUUUACAGAGUUGGACAUGUGGUGUUGUUUUGCUGUUAUAUUGACUUCAUUGUGGUUUUAUUGUGUUCAU